AAUUGCUUUAAUAACGUGUGCGGACACGACUUCCGGCACAAUAUGGAUGUCAUAACAAACGCGUCGGACGUCUACUCCACCGACUAUUUCACCGAUCGGUGCCUUCAUAUCAUCGACCAACACAACGCGAGUCAACCCCUGUUCCUAUACGUGCCCUAUCAGGCGGUCCACGCGAGCGUAUUUACUAGACCAGAGUCGCCGCCGAAAUACACGGAUAUAUUUUCGCACAUAUUAUCGGCCGAUCGGCGGCAGUUCGCCGCCAUUGCCUAUACUAUGGACGCGUCCAUCGGUGCGGUUAUGGAGGCGUUGCAUAACAAGCAUAUGCUGGACAACUGUAUUGUUAUAUUUGUGAGCGAUAACGGCGCUGAUCCGCAACUCGGCUCUGGUACCAACGGCUUAAACCGCCCCCUCCGGGGCUCCAGAAGAGAGCUAUAUGAAGGAGGUAUUCGAGUGCCGGCCCUCCUAUGGAGCCCACUAUUGAACAAAAGUGGUUACGUUUCGGACGCUUUGAUUCACGUCACAGAUCUAUUGCCUACAGUAUUGGAUGCGAUCGACGGCACAGGAAUAGAAGAUGAGAAAAAUGUUUAUGGAAUGUCUCAAUGGUCUACCCUAUCAACCAAUGGGCGACCCGUGCGGUGGGAAAUCCAUCAUAACGUGGAUCCGGUGUGGAAUCAGUCGGCCAUUCGGUGGUACGACUGGAAACUUAUCCAGAGCUCUGAACCGGUGUUUUUCGGUAAAACGUUAGCCCAAAUUAACUAUAAUAACGGCCACAUCGGUGUCAACAACGCCCAUAACUUCCCUGCGCUUCAGUCAACGGAUCGCCUGAAGUGCAAAACCUAUGAUAUAUUGCGGCGAAUGAAUCGCAAACCCGAUUAUAACGUGUUAAAAGAGUCGGCCAUCGAGUGCUCGACUAAACCGCUUACUCAAACACCGGCCAAAUGUUUGAACGAGUUUUGUUUGUUUAACAUUCGGGACGACCCGUGCGAACAGCACGACCUGAUCGGCGAGAUUGAGACGGAGUUUGUGGCCAUACUGUGGGAACGAUUGCGUCAGUUUAACCGUACGUCUGUCCCACCACUAACUCUCGUACCGCUUGACCCCGUGGCCAGUGAUCCCGUACUAUAUAACUACAUUUACGUUAAUUGGUUGGAUUAUAAGGUUAUGUCUGACAGUCAUGUGACCUCGGAUAAAAUUGAAUUAUAG